UAGCUAGUUCCUCCACAGACCUACAAAACGGAAACGUGUGCGACCUCCGUCAACUGGUUGCACUCUCAAGCAGUAACCUGAUCUCGCGGAACAAUGCAACACCUGCUAGCCUCGCUGUAUUUAACCCUCUCUUAGUACAAUGAUUCCUGUUGCAAAUGAAAUUCUCUCUCUCUCACACACACACAGAAACACAUUAUCUCUCACAUCACAUAGACUGCUAGCUACUGUAAUGGAGCAGGAGCUCAGCCUUGAGCUAACCCUCCUCCACCGCUCGGUGUCGCCAGAGCUGCCCGGCUUCUUCGUCUGCAUGUACUGCGACCGCAAGUUCUACAGCUCGCAGGCGCUCGGCGGCCACCAGAACGCGCACAAGUACGAGCGCAGCCUGGCCAAACGCCGGCGGGAGAUCGCUGCCGCCAUGCGCGCGCACGGGGCGGCCGCCACCGGAGCCCGCGACACCGGCGCCAGUCACGGGGGCGCCGGAGUCGUCGUCGUUGAUGCAGAUAAGAGGUCGAGGCAGGACAAGCAACAAGCUGCUACUCUACCGCCGGUGCCUGAUCUGCGGAGCAACAAGAAGAGGCGGUCGGAGAACGGCUACGGCGUCGAGCGCGCCGAUGAGCUGGACCUAUCCCUCAGGCUUUGAUUGGUUCCUCUUCCUGCCUCACCUUUAAUUCGCCCGUGUUUGCUUAGAUAAUUCGAUCUGUAUGAUGAGUCUUAGUCAGCUGUUUCGUGGUAUCUCUUUCGGUGUUGGAUGCAUCAAUUCCUCAUGUGGUUGUAUUCGUCUGAUGGAAUUUCUUGGAUGAACUGUUAUCGAUCCAUCCUGCUAUCCAAAGGGCGUGGUAUUUGGUGUGCUCUUCAGUUGUUUCCUCUUUGUUCUCAAUUAGCUAUGGAUUUUAGCAUGCAUCUUUAAUUGAAAUGAAAUAUUAAUCUGCUGGGAGCUUCUUCAAGAGAUUCAAAA